AUGCAUCUCUGGCUGCUUUUUUUGACUAGCACUACCGUCUACGGUAUUGGCCGUAUUUUGGAACCAAGUUUCGAGGCCGUGAACUUUGCUUCCCCAAUAAACGGGCGAAGGCUGACUGGAAACACGAUCCAAGAAAUACAAGUGGACGCAGAAAGUCGUUGCAGAGUUGAGUGUGUUAAGAAAGAGAGUUGCAUUUCUUACAACUUCCAGAUGGUAAAGAACACAACUGAGGGGUACACAUGUCAGAUCAGUAACUCUGAUCGAUUUGUUAGCGUUGUUAACUUCACAACGGAUGAGGAUUUUAAAUACGUAGGCAUGCAAGUAAGUCCUCCCUUUUUGUUCUUUGAAGUCCUUAAUUAUCUUAAUUUAUAACAUAUAACUCGAAAACAUCACUUUUUGGUAUGUGUUAGAGUGCAAGAAAAACUGGUAUCGUGACUGAAGUAAGAAUUAACCAUUCCGUCAAGUUCAAUUCUUCGUCCUUAAAAUAGAAACUGAAGAGAAACUUGCAAUUGUAAUUGUACCCCCGCUUUUCAAGUAAGUGAGCAGAAAUAGAAAAGAUAUAAUUACAUCGUUGCCUCUAUUGUAAACAACACUUACCCAGUUAACGUGUCUUAGCAAAAUGAUAUUAACAAUAGUAAUAAUAAUAAUAAUAAUAAUAAUAAUAAUAAUAAUAAUAAUAAUAAUAAUAAUAAUAAGAAUGAUUGACUUGAGUGACUGACGCUCUAGGUGCAUGGUUUGCGCCCGGCUGAUGCGCAAAAAGAACACCAGCAAAGACUGUGAUAAUAGAGAUAAUAAUAAUGAUGAUAAUAAUAAUGAUAACUGAAUAAUACUACUACCAAUGAUAGCUGUUUUCGUAAUUUCGAAGAAAAUUUUUCUCUCCUCUAAACAGUCGUUACACAUUCUUUUNGAUUGACUUGAGUGACUGACGCUCUAGGUGCAUGGUUUGCGCCCGGCUGAUGCGCAAAAAGAACACCAGCAAAGACUGUGAUAAUAGAGAUAAUAAUAAUGAUGAUAAUAAUAAUGAUAACUGAAUAAUACUACUACCAAUGAUAGCUGUUUUCGUAAUUUCGAAGAAAAUUUUUCUCUCCUCUAAACAGUCGUUACACAUUCUUUUUCGAACUAUUUUUGGUGGUGCGAUCUUAGGGAUCUUUCAAAUCUCGCAUGAAACCAGCAGCUCUUUCGUGGCGCCUUUCGUUAAAGUUUAUUGUCGCUGUUAAAUUUGCGCAAGUAUCGCAUUAGUCACGAAACAUGGCAUCUGCUCAUCAAAAGCCAAUGUCAUUAACGGGUACUCUAUUCUUAUAAUCUACCGAUAUGAUUCAUUAGUGGUGCGGUAUUAUAAUAGUGCAUUAUGUGUAUUUAAACUCAAGUUUUCGAUGCCUGUAUUUAAAUCCGGUUAGGUGGGAGGUACUCAAAAAGUUUUGUACGGAGAGGCUGUGCCCCGUGGUCCAACCCAGUACCUUUUAUAGACCGAAUACCGAAUUAUAUCAGAAUAAAAAAUAAAAAAAUCGCCAAAAAAAUAUUACCCGUGUAUACAUUUUCUUGUUCCCCUCUUUAAACGGCUGGGUAUUAUUUUUCUUGAUUAUUAUAUUUUGCUCUGCAAUAAACACAUCGGUACGUUCGCAGACAUGGACACUGAUCCGAUUGUAUCCCCCCCCCGCCCUGAGGUGCAAAUUCCUCGCAGAAAUGACACCCGUGCUCAUUUCGUAGUCAUUAACAAUUUAUAGCACUCGACAGUUCUAUCUGAGCUCUGAUACAAGGUAGCAUACAAACCCAAAACCUUUUUCUUCAAUUGGAAGCAACGUACCACCGCAGUUAAAGCCGUUGAAGAUUCAUUGUAAUACAUCAAAAUGUAUAUGAGCAGGAGUUAGAGCUAAUACCGUCCAGGGGAUAUUAUGUCAAGGAACAAGUCAUUCGAUUUCAGAGAAAGACUUGAAGCAAUUCAUAGUGCUUCUAAAGCUAAAAAGUACCUUGUAAAGAAUUGCACAUAUUACCAUCGAUCAAUGAAAUCUGAAUAUUUCAUGAUAUUAUUGACGAAUGAUAUGUGUUGUUCUUUGCAAAGUUUUACAGCCAAUCGCGUUAAAAACGAAAAAGUUAAGACGGAAAGUUGGUCAAAUUAAAGCUCAAUGCUCUUGUAUUAAUGACGGAGCUAGCUUAAUCACAAACAACUGUACAAUAAAUAGUGUCGAAAACGGAACCAGAUUCAGUUACGAUACCAGAGGCCAAAAUCCCGAGAAAAAUUCCGUAUUUUUGUCCCGGCAUCCACUCUUAUUUCUACAAGGAUUGUGGCUGCACGAUUUCAACGUGUCUUUUAAGGCAAAAAAGCUAUUUUUUAAAUUAUAAUUAUUAUGAUGGUAUUGGAAAGCCUAACUAGGGAAAUCUUUUAAAUUAAUAAUCUUACCUUCUUUACGUUGCGAGAAAGAUAUACAUGAGAUAUGUCUUUUUUUAUCAUGCGUUUGAGCUAUAAUUUGAAACGAUUGGCAAAUCCUGUGCAAGAAUAAUCUUUGAACUCUUUGCAAGAAUGCGGGUAGCAAAGAAUGUGGCUCGGAUUCAAAUCUCAGCGUCGACGCCAUAUGUGAGAUGAAUUUGCUGUUGGUUCUUUGCUUUGCCCCGAGAAAUUUUUUUCCCCGUGCAAUCCGGUUCUCCUCACUCCUCAAAAAUCAACAUUUCCAAAUCCCAACUCGACCAGAAUGGCUGUGCUACCUCCAACUCGUUAUAUCUUUAUUUCUUUCAGUUAUUUAUUCAUAGUUGUUGCUUGUUGUUUUUCUUACAGAGCACCUGUGAAGUGGAUAGCUCCAUCUGCGAUGACAAUGAAGUGUGUAUUCCAUACUACCCAGAUAACAGUGUACGAUGUGUUUGUAAGGUUGGAUAUACAGGAACACCUUGCAGUAAGUUACAUAAAAAUAUGGCUAUGUCAUAAACUGUCCGUGACUAGUAACAGCGUAAUGACGAAAAACGUAGUUCCCGUCUCACCUGCAGUUUUAAGGGUGUACGUUGUACGCUACAGGAUGAUAGACGGCAAGACGUUUGGGUGUGAAAAACGUGAAAGGGAUAUUACAUGAGUGUCUUGACGUGAUUUUCAUUUAUAAUAACUUUAAUGUUAUCAGGUCUUUAUUUCCAAAAAAUCUGUUAAAGGGAGGUGACGUUGACCAAACAAUUUGUGAAACAUAUUAUUGUCGCGCUUAAGUUCCUUCACUCGAGGUUUGCCGUCUUCUUUCCAUGCCACUCACUUCUUGUGGCCUAAAUUCACUAUUGUCACCCACUCCGACUCUGUGGGACUAGGGACGCCAAGGACGUAACAAAUCUCUGGUAGUGACUAGCUAGCCCUUAGGUGAAGUGCCUAUUUCAUUCAAUACUAAGUUGCAAACUGCCCCAAGUAGACAGAAGCACAGCAGUCCGGCUCAGGCAAAUUCCCACACCCAGUGUUGUUGCAGUCUUAAUCAGGCUGCCUCAAUGUGGGUGUAGCAUGUAAAACAGUAUAGUGAUAAGAUGAUCGUUUUUGAAAUUUUCUGACGCCCUGCUUUUAAAUAACUAAUAGAGCCUAUUAAAUACUGCGCCCAGCUCCUCAACGAUGGUGUCACAUCCAGUGGUGUCUAUACCAUUAAUCCAGACGGCGGCACACCCAUCCCAGUGUUUUGUGACAUGGUCACUGAAGGCGGAGGCUGGACCGUUUUCCAAAAACGUUUGAACGGUACUGUUGAUUUUUACGUCAACUGGACUUCCUACAAGAACGGUUUUGGAGAUCUGAAUGGCGAGUAUUGGCUUGGAAACGACAAUCUUCACCGUUUGACAGCUGGUGAAGAUGUUAUCCUGAGAGUCGACCUGGAGGAUUUUGAUGGAAACAUUACUUACGCCGAGUACACAGUUUUUAAGGUGGCAAACGAGACAGAUAAAUACCGUCUUUUGAUUGGAGGAUAUAAUGGAACCGCUGGGAACUCGAUGGCCGUUCACAAGUAAGGCAAUUUGAAAUUAAGUGUGUUUGUUAGCCGUGGUGCAAGCAUGAAAACAUUUCAUCUGAUUGACAAUAAUCAUUUGAUUAGGACUUCGACUUAUGUCUUACUACACAGUAAUUUUUAGGGACUUAUUAAAACUCCAAAAUUGGAGUGAAAAUUUUAGGUACAGGAUAACCCCUUUUUGGAGUUACUUUAACUCCUAAUUUAAGUGCAAAUUUGGGGUCAUUUUUACUCCUGAAAAGGAGUUCUUUUUACUCCCAAUCUGGAGUUAAAAUAACUCCGAAAAUGGGGUUGUUUUUACUUCUUACAUGGAGUUACUUUAACUCUGAAAGUGGAGUAAAAAUUUUCGGUAAAGGAUAACUCCUUUUUGGGGGUUAUUUUAACUCCUCAAUAUCUGGGGUCAUUUUCACUCUUGAAAAAGAGUUCUUUAAACUCCUUUAUGGAGUUAAAAUGACUCUCCCCAAAAAAACUCCACUGUAAGGAGUCAAAUUAACCCCAGUAGAGGAGUCAUUAAGACUCCUUGAAAAGUACUGUGUAGUAUUGUAAAUAAUCCAUUCCAAAAGCAAAUUCCCGUUCCUAGGAAAAACAAAAAAGCGAAAAGACAUAGGGAUGCAAAAAUUAUAAGGGGUCUCAAUCUGCUACAGUGUUAUAGCUCCUAAAAAAGGGAAUAGCUCCUCGAGCUGAAGAGAAAGAGCUGUCUUUGUAAUGGCAUCUGUAAAUGAUUAGACUUUCAAGUCUUCUCGGAUAAGGACGGUAAACCGGAGGUCCCGUCUCACAAACCUUGUUCACAUAUAACUCUGUGGGACGUUAAAGAACCCACACACUAUUCGAAAAGAGUAGGGGACGUAGUUCCCGGUGUUGUGGUCUAUCUUCAUCACUUACAUCACCAUCACUCAUCAUGGGUUGGGAGGGUUCAGUGGGCUCAUAAAUGGACUGAUAGCGGCUGCCAUCGGCGCCCUUAGUAUGCUGAUGUCCGAGCCCACUGCAGAAAGCUAUGUAAAGAGGACAUGUAUGUUUGUCCUCUCAAUCGCGACAUUUACAUUUACAUUUACAUUUACAUUUAUGGUGGAACAAACGGUAUCGACAAAAUCUAAGUCCUAAUUAUUAUCUCUUUCAGCCAAAUGCAGUUUUCCACCAUUGACAACGACAAUGACCUCAAUCCGAAUGGCAGCUGUGCUAAUGCGUAUGAUGGUGCUUGGUGGUACAACAGAUGUUAUGAUUCUAACCUGAACGGUUUAUACCUGAAGGGGCAUUUUUCCUCGAAUGCAAAUGGCGUUACGUGGUUAGCCUUUAGAGGAGAGCCAUAUUCGCUGAAACGUACGGAAAUGAAAGUAAAGCCCAAAUCAGUUAUUUAA